CAUCAUUCAUCUCUAUCAAGUCACUAAUCGUUCUUGUGUGAGACAGAUACUUUAACAAUUUAGUUUUCGUUAUGAAAAGAAAUACGGAAAGUGAAGAGUUGGAGACACUAGCCAUGGCUAACUACCUCUUCCUAUUGGCGAACUUCGGAAAACCGUCAUCGUCACCACCACCGUCGUCCGAUGAUGUUUCGUCUUUUCAAUGCAACACGUGCUACAAGAAGUUCUCCUCGUUCCAGGCGUUGGGCGGUCAUCGGGCCAGCCACAAGAGGCCCAAACUCCUCGGUCAGGCAGAAGGAGAGCAAAUGGCGGGUGUGUCGAAAAAGCCCAAGAUGCAUUGCUGCUCCAUUUGUGGGCUUGAGUUCUCGAUGGGCCAGGCCUUGGGCGGGCACAUGAGGCGACACCGGGCCGCGUUGAUGAAUGGGUGUUUAGAGAAAUCGGCGGUGGAGGCGGCGGUGGUUCCGGUGUUGAAGAGGACGACUAGUGGCAAGAGAGUGUUUGGGUUGGAAUUGGAUUUGGAUCUCAAUCUGAGUCCGCCCGAGAAUAAUGAUUUCAUGUUCGGGUCCAAAACUACGCCUCAAACUCCAGUUUUACGUUGUUUCUUUUAAAAUUGUUUAUUACUCACUUUAGGGUCAUUUAUUGGCUAUUGUGAUUUAGGAUCAUUCUUUAAUUGCUUCUAUUCGUGUGUACAAAUUGUUUCAAAUGUGACGAUGUAAAAGUUGUAGUUUUAGUUGGAAUCGGUUGAGGAUUUCAAAAUUGAAUCCGUGAAUCUAAUGUAAGAAGAUUGAAUAAAAUAUAAAUGCAUGUCUUAAGUCUUAACCCUUCAAAAUAAACAUGUCUUAAAC